AUUUUAACAAAAAAUACCUCAAAAAUGGAGACUACCGGGGAAACUACUGAAGACAAAACUUUGACAGUGAGACAAGGCCUGAACGACCUAGAAAUUUUGGAUGAUACCUAUUUCCAAAAGGACAGAGACACCAAGAUCCAGGAGAAGUUUGAUUCAGUCAUGGAGCAGAUUGAAAAAGAGUAUUCCGGAUAUGGAGAUGAUGCCGCAAAAGAAAGUGAAUAUAUUUAUCUGAAAUCAAAGGCACAGGACUUUAUGCCAACAUUGCAAAAGGAAGCAAAAGAAGGAAUGGAGAAGGCUCUUGAGCUCAACGGGGAAAAUUAUGAAGCCAUACGAGAUUUGGGAGUAGUUUAUUACAAAGAGAAAGAUUAUCUUAGAAGCAUGGAGUUCUACAACAAAGCACUUGAAAUUAAAGGAGAUGAUAGAAAGUGCCUCGGAUACUUAUCAAUCGCCUUAAGAGCAGCCCCUACUAAAGAUGAUGCUCAGAAGCAAGAGAAUUUGGAAAAAGGGAUCACCCUUGCCAAGGAAGCAAUAAACCAAGAUAUUAUGGAUGGAUAUAGUUGGUAUUUACUUGGAAACUCAUAUAUGAGCGCUUUCUUUACGCUUGAGAAGUAUGAGUACCUGGAUAACUCACUAAAGGCAUAUACUCAAUCUGAGAAGACUCAAAAAUAUCCAAAUCCUGAUCUGUAUUUCAACAGAGCUAGCAUCUGCACCUAUUUCGAAAGAUAUAGUGAGGCUAUUAGAGAUUAUAUGACUGCACAUUCUAUUGACCCAGGGCUUAACGGCCAGAGCAAGGCUGAAAAGAUUGUUGAAUUUGUCAUUGGAACCACAAGAAUGAUAGAACAAAAGAAGAAAUCGAAGAAUAAGAAGACUUCUGAUCUUGUGAAAGAACUUCCCAAAGCACUUGGGGAAGUUAAAUUCUUAUCAACUAGAGAGACAGAGGAAACCUUUAAAUACAAGUUACUCCCACAACCUGAUUUUGAGGCUGGAGAGAACAGAGGAGUAAUCUUUAGUGCUAAGGUGAUAUGUCAGAUCCAUAAAGACCCACCUGUUCCAGCUUGCUUCUUAGUGAUCGAUUCUUCUCACACUUAUUCUGUCGUCAGCUUGUACAGCAUUCACAAAGGAAUCAAGGACAAGAUUAAGUACGGUGAUGAAAUUCUUAUUAGAGACCCUGUUCUCAUGUUCAUUAGUAUUGAGUAUCAGAGCAGACUGUUGACUUACCCAAGCAUUAGAGUCAUCCAUAUCUCAGAUAUUCUUGUAAAUCAGGAAACACUUUCGGAUGUGUAUGGAAAAGCAGAAGCGAUUUCAGAGUCUCAGUAAUAUAUUUAGUCUAGAAAACGCAGGAAUUUAACAAAGUUUUAGAGGUUUCUCAAAGGGCAAGUUUAGACCAAA